CAGAUCUACAAGGGUCAGUCUGCAUAUACUGAAUAUGUAAACAAGAAAACUGAGCGGGUCACCCAAUCCAAUGCAGGCGGUAUUCGAGCAGGUCCAUUGCGCGGCCAAACUAAUGUACGCAUCAGCUCCAGAUUUGAUUAUCAGCCUGAUAUAUGCAAAGACUAUAAAGACACAGGGUACUGUGGAUAUGGGGAUUCGUGCAAGUUUAUGCAUGAUCGCGGAGACUACAAGGCUGGAUGGCAGAUUGAUCGUGAAUGGGAUGAGCAACAGAAGAACAAAUUGGCAAAUUUGGAUCCAAAUCGAUUUCUUAUCACUAGUGACGAUGAAGGAGAUGAUGAUACCAGUAAAAACCCAAAGGAUGAAGAUGAAGACUUGAGUCAUCUUCCAUUUGCUUGUUUGAUCUGUCGCGGGCCAUUCAAAUCCCCAGUAGUAACAAAAUGCUCACAUUAUUUUUGCGAAGCGUGUGCAUUGAAGCACUAUGUAAAAACCGCCAAAUGCUUUGCUUGCAAUGCUGCUACCGGAGGUGUGUUUAAUGUUGCCAAAGAUCUACUGGAAAAACUCAAAACUCAUCAAGAAAAA